GUAUGUAUAACACCAUUUUGUUGGCAUACGCGCAUCUCACUUAAAAAGAUCAUCCAAUAUUCAUAGACGGGGACAACGAAGUUUCAUGAAUAAUAUAGCGAACCAUUUUGAUUUUGACCCAACUCCUUCAUCAUCUUCAUCCCUCUCCAUCCCCAAACCUUUUUUCUUUUCUUUCUAAUUUGAUUUCAAAACCUUUCUCUAUUCACAACAAAAGGGGCUCUACAUUCGAAUCAACUUGAGAAGUGGGCUUCUUUGCAAAACAUAAUUUGUGGGAAGCUUAAGAUUCAAAGCUAUGGGAAGAUUGUUCGUGGUGAAUUUGGAAGGGCAGAUCUACAGCUGCAAGUUCUGCCGGACCCAUCUUGCUCUUUACGAAGAUAUCAUUUCUAAGUCCUUCCACAGCAGACAUGGGAAAGCUUACCUCUUCAAUAAGGUGGUAAAUGUUUGCUUGGGUAAGAUAGAAGAGAGAUUGAUGAUGACAGGGAUGCAUACAGUUGCUGAUAUCUUCUGUGUGGGUUGUGGAUCAAUGGUGGGAUGGAAAUAUGAGACUGCCCAUGAAAAGAACCAAAAAUACAAGGAGGGAAAAUCUGUACUUGAAAGGUUCAAGGUUUUGGGACCUGAUGAAAGCAGUCACUGGGGGGUCAGUCAUGAAGCAGAUGCAGGUGGAAGUGAAGGAGAUGAUGUUUGAUUUCUGCAUUCACUCAACUGUAAAUUCUGUAAAACCCUAAAAAUUUUCUAGUUUGAACUUGUAUUCUAACGAUGUUGAUACUUGUACUUCGUUUCUCCCAACUAAAAAUUCUUAAUGUUUCAUGUUGGGAUGAGAAUGAACAAUAAUUGUUGUAUCUCCUAAAAUAAUGUUGUAAUGUUUAAAAUUACUUUGUCGUAGAAAGCAAUAUUGUAAAGGUUUAUUUAGUAAAGAGAUUUGAACAGCAUAGUUCGUAGUUAUUAGUA